GCUGCUGCUGCUGCUGCUGCCUCGGACUGAACAGAAACCAGUCAGAGAAGCGAGUUAACACUUUACUUACUUUACAUAUUGUUCGGUUUUUUGGAUUACGAUGGUGAAACAGCGACGCAUCAGAGCGCAUUCCUGUUGCGCGUCUGUUUGUUGCAGGAGAGGAACACACACGACUCUGACAAAGCCGGCCAUCUUUGCCAGGGAGAGCAGUUGUGAUUGUCGCGCCCCUCAUGAGAAGCUCACCAUCGCUCAGGCCCGCAGAGGCACCCCAGUGGACCGGCCCGUCAGAGUGUACGCAGAUGGCAUCUUCGACCUCUUCCACUCGGGGCACGCUCGUGCUCUCAUGCAGGCCAAGAACCUUUUCCCCAACACCUACCUCAUAGUAGGAGUGUGCAGUGAUGAGCUGACCCACAAGUUUAAGGGCUUCACGGUGAUGACGGAGUUCGAGCGUUAUGAAGCGCUGAGACACUGCCGCUACGUGGACGAGGUUCUGAGAGACGCUCCCUGGACUCUCACACCGGAGUUCCUCGAGAAACACAAGAUCGAUUUUGUGGCUCACGAUGACAUCCCGUACUCCUCAGCAGGGAGUGAGGAUGUCUACAAACACAUCAAGGAGGCAGGGAUGUUUGUUCCUACUCAGCGGACAGAAGGAAUCUCCACAUCGGACCUGAUCACCAGGAUCGUCAGAGACUACGACGUCUACGCGCGACGCAACCUCCAACGAGGAUACACGGCCAAGGAGCUCAACGUCAGCUACAUCAACGAGAAGAAGUACCGGCUGCAGAACCAGGUGGACCGGAUGAAGGAGAAGGUGCGCACGGUGGAGGAGAAGAGCAAACACUUUGUCUACCGGGUGGAGGAGAAGAGCGCCGACCUCAUCCAGAAGUGGGAGGAGAAAUCCAGAGAGUUCAUCGGAAACUUCCUGGAACUGUUUGGACCCGACGGGACCUGGAAACAGGUGUUUCAGGAGCGCAGUGGAAGGAUGCUGUCCUACGCUCUGUCCCCCCGAGGGUCUCCCUGCAACAGCCCCCCCCGCGAACUCUCCCCCCUGCGCUCCCCCUCCCCCCCCUGCCCCCCCGCCCGCUGGCACAACGCACGGCCAUCGCCCCCAAACUCCCCCAAAGGAGCGUCGGCCUCCAUCAGCAGCAUGAGUGAAGGGGACGAAGACGAGAAGUAGAUGGACUGUGAUG